AUCUGAGAUGAAUUGAGGCUUCUUUUUCCUUCUUUGCUAGUAGCUCGCCAGCUGGGUGGGCCACCCAUCCCCCUUCUUUUGUUCCCUUUUUGUCCUUGGGCACCCCCGGGUGCCACCACGUGCGGGAACGCCCGCCGCAACCAAGCUGGCGGCGUUUUCGAUCGCAUAAGUCGACCAUGUGGCUCCGAUCGCUUUCCCUAACCACAAUCGGUCGCCCGGGCCUCUACGAGCAGCUGCCGGCAUCCCUGACGGAUCCCGCACGCCUUUGAGGACCAGAGCUCGGCUCGCCACCAGGUCAACCAGCAGGGAAGUUAUGAGCGCAUCCCAAAUGGGACAACAACUUUCCUUUCCUAUUUCUUUUUGCGUCUGUUUUUUCUUCAACCAAACCUCCUUCGUUUCCGCCUGAGAUCUGGAGGAAGACCACCCCCAAAGGCCAGCUGAUCAACAUUCUCUCCUUUACAGCCCUGAAAGAUAACACACACACACACACCAAUUUCAUUUCCUCCCCAACGCCUGCUUGGGUGAAGACAGGAUGGGCAACUGGGAGCUGUGAGGAUGGAAAAAAGAGUGUGUCUGAUCCAAACGGACUUCCAUCAAUACCGAUCUACCAUCAGACCACUGGCACAUGUGGGGCCUUUGAGGUUGCAGCCGGACAUUUACAAACCAGAGGAAGAGAUGAAGGAGAGAGAGGAGUUGAAAAGAACCACGGGGCAGAAUGACCGUCUCAUUUUAAUGGUUCGUGAGCUGGAGAGGGAAAACAGUGACGUGGCGUCCAAAUACCGUGCUGAGCAGUACACUGCCCCCGUGUCGGAACUGCGCUGUGUCCAACUGGAGAAGACACAACGUGAGCUAGAACAACAACUAUCUGGCUUGUCAGAGCGUCUGGAAGAAGGGGAGGUCCGUUCAACUCAGCUGGCUCUCCACAGAGACAGGAUGGAGGAAGAGUGUAACAGCCUCAGACAAGACCUGGACCAACUGGAGGGUGCCCUGAUUGCGUGUGAGCGGGAUAAAGAGCAAGCUAUGGAGGACCUGCACAGUGAGGAGAAGAAGGUGGAUCUGUUGUCCCAGCAGAAAUCCCAACUACAGAUGCAAGUAGAAGAGCUCGAGUAUCAGCUGGAGCAGGAGCGCUAUCAGCGUGAGGAGCUGGAGAAGAACAGUAGGAAGAUGGACGGUGACAAUCUGUGUACUCAGGAGAGUCUGGAGGGGGUGGACAAGACAAGAAAUGGUCCAGAAGAGAUCAUCAAAAGGAAAGACAUGGAGAUAAGCAAUAUUCAGUCCAAGCUUGAAGCUGAAGAGAGCCUCAGCAAUGGACUGCAGAGGAAGAGCCGAGAACUGCAGGCCCGCAUUGAGGAGUUGGAGGAGGAAUUGGAAGCAGAACGGGCCAUAAGAGCAAAGGUGGAAAAGCACAGAGCAGAUUUAAGCAGGGAACUGGAAGAUCUCACAGAUCGACUCGAGGAAGCAGGCGGGGUCACCGCCUCACAGAUAGAGAUUAACAAGAAGCGAGAGGCGGAGCUCCAGCGUCUGAGACGAGACCUGGAGGAGUCAUCUGUCCAGUCAGAGACGCUGGCUGCAACCCUGAGAAAACGCCACGGCGAUGUCAUUGCAGAGCUAAGUGAGCAGUGUGACGCUCUGCAGAGGACCAGGGCCAAGUUGGAAAAGGAGAAGCAGAACUUGAGGAUGGAAGUAGACGACCUAUCCACUUCACUAGAAAGUCUACAGAAAGCCAAGAUGUCCUCAGAUAGCCAGAUGAAGAAAUUGGAAGAACAGCUCUAUGAGGCUAACAGGAAAGGAGAUGACCUGCAGAGGACACUCACUGAGCUCACUGUGUCCAAGAACAGACUCACAGCUGAUAAUACAGACACAAGUCGACGAUUGGCUGAGGCAGAGAACAGAUCUGGCCAGUUGAGUCGUACCAAGACUCUCCUCCAAUCUCAACUAGAAGAACUGAAGAAACAGCUGGAUGAAGAGGUCAAAUGUAAGCAGGCAGUCAGCGGAUGUCUCAGUUCGGUGCGGCAAGAGUGCGAGGGGCUCAAGGAGCAGCUGGAGGAGGAGCAGGAGAGCAAGCAAGAGCUGCAGCGGCUCAUCUCCAAACUCAACAUUGAGAUGACACACUUAAGGACAAAACAUGAGGCAGACUCCAUCCAGCAUGCUGAUGAGCUGGAGGAAACCAAAAAGAAGCUGGUAUUGAGGCUGCAGGAGGCAGAGGAGGCAAUGGAAGCCACCCAGGCUAAAUGCUCCUCUCUGGAGAAAACCAAACAGAGGCUCCAGGGAGAGGUGGAGGAGCUGUGCAUGGACCUGGAGAAGGCUAGCGUAUGUGGACAAGCUCUGGAUAAGAAGCAGCGGGUUCUAGAGAAGCAGCUGGGAGACUGGAAGCAAAAGUGUGAGGAGCUGGUAGCGGAGGUGGAGAGCUGCCAAAAGGAGAGCAGACAACACACAGGCGAGCUCUUCAAGCUGAAGACAGUGCAUGAAGAGUCUCUGGAGCAGCUGGAAGCUCUACGAAGGGAGAACAAGGCCUACCAAGAAGAGAUUGCGGACCUCAUGGACCAGCUCACAGAUGGAGGUAAGAGUGUCCAUGAGCUCCAGAAAGCAAAGAAGAAGAUAGAGAUGGAGAAAGAAGAAUUACAGGCUUCACUGGAAGAGUCAGAGGCAGCUUUAGAGGCUGAAGAAACCAAGUUGCUGAGAAUGCAGCUGGAGUUGUCUCAGGCAAAAGCAGACCUGGAGCGCAGACUUCAAGAGAAGGAGGAAGAGAUAGAUGCUGCUCGAAAAAGCCACCAGAGGGCGAUGGAAUCCUUACAGGCCACAUUGGAUGUGGAGAUUAAAGGUCGAGUGGAGGGAUUGAAGCUCAAAAAGAAACUAGAGGCUGAUGUUGCUGAACUGGAGCUUCAAGUGGAUCUCCUUACCAAAAGUAACACUGAGUUCAGCAAGAGCAGCAAAAAGACACAGCAGCAGAUCAAGGAGCUCCAGGCUCAGCUCGAGGAGGAGGUGAGGAGCCACGAGGAGCACAAGGAGGAGAUGGUGGCCUUGGAGAGACGUUGUGCUCUGCUGGUUAGUGAUGGCGAAGAGUCUCGCUCUGUCUUGGAGAGUACAGAAAGGGUUCGCAAAGCCUUGGAGGUGGAGUUGCAGGAUACCAAUGAAAAAUACAGUGAUCUCAACAACCAGUUCCAAUCAGUUCUGAGUGGGAGGAGGAAGCUGGAGGUGGAUCUCCAAGCUCUGCAGCACGAGCAUGAGGAGCUCCAAGGAGAGCUGAGGGGAUCGGUCGACAAAUCCAAGAAGGCCAGCUGUGAGUUGGCCAGAGUGGGGGAGGAACUACGCCUGGAGCAAGAGCACACGCUCCAUCUGGAGAGGGUGAAGAAAGGUCUUGAGGCUCAGGUGAAAGACAUGAGCACCAGGCUGGAGGAGGCAGAGCAGAUGGCUUUGAAAGGAGGCAAAAAGACCAUCCAGAAGUUGGAGGGAAAGGUAAAGGAGUUGGAGCUCGAGCUGGAGUCCGAGCAGAAGCGACACGCCGAGACGGUGAAGACACUGAGGAAGAAUGAACGUCGGCUCAAGGAGUUGGUCUUUCAGUCUGAGGAGGACCAGAAGAACCAGCUGAGAAUGCAGGAGCUAGUGGAGAGGCUUCAGAACAAGAUGAAGGCUUACAAGAGACAAGUCGAAGAGGCUGAGGAGCAAGCCAACAUGAACUUGGCCAAGUACAGGAAGACAGUCCAUGAGCUGGAUGAUGCUGAGGAACGAGCUGACAUCGCCGAAUCAGCACUUACAAAGAUAAGGAUCAAGAAGAGAGGCAGCUUCAGCAAGGGAUACUCCUCAGGUUACAGCACCCCAUACCCAGGUCUGGUACGGUCGCCCAGCUCCGUGGGCUCAGAGGGCCGAGUUGAGAAGAUCCUCAACGACGACGAGUCUGUCAGCUCCCUAAUCCCGUCUUAUCUCAAUUCCCUCAAGAAACUCAUGAUCGACUAGAAAGAGCGCCGUUUUCUUUGAUGUGAAGUCAAUCACACCUUGAUGCCACUUGAAGAGAUCACACUCAAACAUUAUGAAGUCUUUAUAGUUCAGUUGGACAGAAAUUUAAUUUUUACUUCACCAUCACAUUAUAAACAAAACCCCAGCAUUUAAUUGUGCACUCCUUCAUUUGUCAUGAACUACACAUUUUUAACACACUUCAUCUUAUCCAGUAACUGCUGCAUAUAUUGAUAGUGAUAUUGAAUGGUGUGUUAAAACAGAUUAUAUCUUUAUACUGUGUUUCCUCAUAUAAUGCUCUAAUACACGCCCCAGUUAAUUGCAGAGCGUGUUGUUCUCUUAUCUUGAAUAAAUAAACACCUUACACAU